AUGCUAGGCAUUAUUGUAGAGGAUCUCGGAGCAGCAAGGGCCCUAGAGAUGCAGUGUGUAGGCCCAUCGGCGCGUGGACACGAAGUCAGAUGGCUAGACAGUGGACAGCUUACACUUCAAAAUGGUAAAGUGUUAUUAUAUUCGGGCAGGAAUGAUGGACUACAUCAGGCAGGAGUUGGAAUGAUGCUGGCAAGCCGAGCAAAAAAGGCACUGAUUGAAUGGAAGCCAAUCACUGAGAGAUUAAUGUAUGCCAUAUUUCACACAUCAAUCAUUAAAAUAAGUAUAAUCACUGUAUACGCACCCUCCAACGAUGCUACAGAUGAAACAAAAGAAAGCUUCAUAGAACAGCUAGAUAGAGUCAUAGCAGGAACACAUAAACAUGACAUCAUCUUAGUAAUAGGAGACUUUAAUGCAAAGGGUGGGAUGAACAAUGAAGAUUAUGAGAACAUCAUGGGUAGGCAUGGAAUAGGGAGAAGAAACGAAAAUGGAGAAAACCUCCUUGAUAUUUGUCAAAGGAACAACUUAGUCAUUACUGGCACAACUUUUCCACAAAAAGUAAAAUGGAUAUCACCAAACAAGAAAACAGAAAAUCAAAUAGACCAUAUACUGGUUACUAGACAACACAGAACAUCAAUACUGGACACAAGAGCUAUGAGAGGAGCAGAUAUUGGCAGUGAUCACAAACUCCUCAAAUGCAAAUUAAGAAUCAAACUUAAGAAAUACAAAAUAGUAACAGAUACUUCAAGAAAGAUAUUUGAUACCACCAAACUACAACGUCCAGAAAUAAGAAAAGCAUUUUCAAUAGAGCUAAAGAACAGGUUCCAACUCUUAGACCAGUUAGAGGACAGAGAACCAUUCUGGGAAGGUAUAACAAAAUGCUAUAAAGAAACAGCAACUAACACCCUAAGUUUUAAAGAGCGUGGGCAAAAGCCCUGGAUCUCCAAUGAGUCAUGGAAACUUGUAGAUGAGAGAAGACAACUAAAGGAAAGAACUAAUAAAAAAAGUUAA